AUGAUAACAACAACUAGAUCCUUGAAUUUUAGAUUACCACAAUUAAGCAUAAAGAAUCUUGAAAAAUGUAGAGAAAUUCCUAAUAAACCCACUAUUAGAUCAAUUAAUAAUGUAUAUGAUUAUUCUAAUUCCCCACCUAAAACUCGAACUGAUAAUAUCUCAAGGGGAUCCCUUUCCACUCCCUUAUAAUAUUGUAGAUAUUCCUUAUGUAGAGUGGAUUCAUCAUUUAAUGAUAAAGACAUCUUUAGUGCAUAAUAAAAAAGUGUAUAAAGAAACGAAAAUAGCAAAAAUAUAAUUAGUGAUUAAAUUGAAAAAUUGUCUUAAAGAAUAAAAACCCUUAGCAAAACAAAAAAAAAAAUUCAAGAAUCUAUUUCUACAAAACAAUAUAAAAAAACUGAACCUUAUAUUCAAAAAUAAUCUGAUAAAUAAUAAAAACCUAAAAGUCCCUAAAUAAUAAAUAAGACUUAGGAUGUAUUAAAUAUUGAAUAAAAAAAAGUCAUCUAAGAAAAAAUGUAAGAUAUUUACACUCAAGUACAAAACAUACUCAAAUCUCAUAAAGGUUAUGUUAGAUAAUCUGAUAAGAAGAAUGUCUAUAUUUAAUUAGUCUAAUUAAAAAAAUAAUUUAAACUUGUUAAUCAAGAUUAUAAUGAGUUUUAUAUUAAUCAUAUUAACGAACAAUUCAAAUGUAAUUUAUAAUACGUCUAUGAUUAGUGGAUUUUGAAUUAGUCGAUCGAAUUGAAUAAUUAAAAAAAUUAUUUGAAAAUAAACGACCUGUAAAAUGUAAUAAUGCAAGUUUUUUCGAUGGAAUGGAUAUAUCCAUGGUAAUUCAAACAGAAUUUGAUGAAAAAAUUAAUAAUCUUGAUUUUAAAGAAAUAUCUGAAAAAGAUUUUGAGUAAUCUCAAGAUUAAAUUGAAUAAUUUACUGAUUAAAUGACAGAUUGUUCACCAGCUAAUAGCACUACAAGAAGAAGAACUACUAAUUUAAAUAAAAGAUAAACAAAACAAUACUCCAUUUAACCAAUCUAAAUAUAACCAGAAAUUAAUCAAUAACCUUAAAUGAUUAGAAGAAAAAGUAGUAUAAAAUCAAUCAAUAGUCCACUUACAUCUUAAACUCCAGAUUCUCCAUCCACUAUGACAUCUAGAAAUAAUAAAUUUACUGCAUAAUAAAUUCUUUAAUAAAAAUUAAAAUUGCCAGCUACUCCACCUAAAAAAUAAGACUAAUAAUAAUUCUAAGAAGAUUAAAAUAUCAUACUAAAAAAAGAAAUUAAAAAAAGGCAAUCUAAACUCAUUUCUCGAAAGACUACAUUAGAUUUAUAAAUAGAACUUAAAUAAAAAUCUAGAUUAAAUUCAAGAAAUAGUUUGGUAGAGGUUACUGAAUAUUCUGAAAAUGAAUAAAAACUAAUUCCGAAUUAUCCUACUAAUUAAACUUAAAUUAGUAUUGAAAACAAACCAGAAUCUGAUUAUGUCUAAAAUAUACUUGAUUAAAUAGAAGAUUUAAAAGAAUAAAUACCUAUCGAAAUAUAAAAAUCAUCAUUACCAUAAAUUCUCUCUUCAAAUCAAUAAUAAUAAUAGUCAAUACAAGAUUAAAUAGUUUAAGAAUUUAAAAUAAUUUAAGAAUUAUAUUAAUCUACAUUUAUAUAUGAUAAAGAUAUUUUGAAUAAACAUAGAAAAAAUAAAUACAAAAAUCAAUGGUAAUAAGAUAUAUAAUCAAUUUUGACUAAUUAUUAUUAAUUUUUUUGA